AAGAGCCCAGCCAGGUGAUCAAAAUAGAGUCCCUCAAGGUGACAGUCGACUUCCUGAAGGUGCCCUUGGGCCUGAAGAAGCCACCGGUGAAGGAGGCGCUGGCGGCGGCGCCGGGGCCGGGCCGGGGGCAGGGCUGCGGCGCCGAGCGGCACCGGGGGCGGCGCUCGGACGCCAUGGACAAUGAGUCGCAGUACUCAGGCUACUCCUACAAGUCCGGCCACUCCCGCAGCUCCCGCAAGCACAGGGACCGUCGGGACCGGCACCGCUCCAAGAGCCGCGACGGGAGCCGCGGGGACAAGUCGGUGACCAUCCAGGCGCCGGGAGAGCCCUUGCUGGACAAUGAGUCCACCCGGGGGGACGAGAGGGACGACAACUGGGGGGAGACCACCACGGUGGUGACGGGGACCUCGGAGCACAGCAUCUCCCACGAUGACCUCAGCCGCAUCGCCAAGGACAUGGAGGACAGCGCCCACCUGGACUGCUGGCGGCACCUGGGGGUCACGCUGGCGGGGGCCCUGGCCCUGCUGGCCUUCCUCACCCCCUUGGCCUUCAUGCUGCUGCCCCAGCUGCUGUGGAGGGAGGAGCUGGAGCCCUGCGGCACGGCCUGCGAGGGGCUCUUCAUCUCGGUGGCCUUCAAGCUCCUCAUCCUCCUGCUGGGCAGCUGGGCGCUCUUCUUCCGCCGCCCCAAGGCCUUCUUCCCCCGCGUCUUCGUCUUCCGCGCCCUGCUGAUGGUCCUGGUCUUCCUCCUGGUGGUCUCCUACUGGCUCUUCUACGGGGUCAGGAUCCUGGACUCCCGGGACAGGAACUACCAGGGGGUGGUGCAGUACUCGGUGUCGCUGGUGGACGCCCUGCUCUUCGUCCACUACCUGGCGGUGGUGCUGCUGGAGCUGCGGCAGCUGCAGCCGCAGUUCACCCUCAAGGCCGUGCGCUCGGCCGACGGCGCCAGCCGCUUCUACAACGUGGGGCACCUCAGCAUCCAGCGAGCAGCUGUCUGGAUCCUGGAGAACUACUACCACGACUUCCCGGUCUACAACCCUGCCCUGCUCAACCUGCCCAAGUCUGUCCUGGCCAAGAAAAUGUCUGGCUUCAAAGUCUAUUCCCUUGGCGAGGCAGAGAACUCCACCAACAACUCCAGCAGCCAGUCGCGGGCGGUGAUCGCGGCGGCCGCGCGCCGCAGGGACAACAGCCACAAUGAGUUCUACUACGAGGAGGCCGAGCACGAGCGCAGGGUGCGCAAGCGCCGCGCCAGGCUGGUGGUGGCAGUGGAAGAAGCCUUCACCCACAUCAAGAGGCUGCAGGAGGACGACCAGAAGAACCCCAGGGAGAUCAUGGACCCCAGGGAGGCAGCUCAGGCCAUCUUUGCCUCCAUGGCCAGGGCCAUGCAGAAGUACCUGAGGACCACCAAGCAGCAGCCCUACCACACCAUGGAGAGCAUCCUGCAGCACCUGGAGUUCUGCAUCACCCAUGACAUGACACCCAAGGCCUUCCUGGAGCGCUACCUGAGCGCCGGCCCCACCAUCCAGUACCACAAGGACCGCUGGCUGGCCAAGCAGUGGACGCUGGUCAGCGAGGAGCCGGUGACCAACGGGCUGAAGGACGGGGUGGUCUUCGUGCUGAAGAGGCAGGACUUCAGCCUGGUGGUCAGCACCAAGAGGAUUCCUCUCUUCAAGCUCUCCGAGGAGUUCGUGGACCCCAAGUCGCACAAGUUCGUCAUGAGGCUGCAGUCGGAGACCUCGGUGUGAGCCGCGGAGAGGCCUGCGAG